AUGGAGAAUGCGGUAGGAUUGAUGACGGUUUUUGCUGUAUCAGGAAGUGUGGCUCUUGUUGCUCUACAAGCUCAUAAGCGUCUUCUCUCUGAUUUCAUGAAAAGAGUUGAAUUACAACUAGGAACUAAUCCUAAUGCUGGAGUUGAAAGGAUGGCUAACGCUUGCUCACACUCUCCAAUCCAAUCGAAAACUCAUAGCAUUCUAAAAAUGGCCGAGGGUUCGAAAGUUCAACAAAAGAAGAAAGUCCGUUUUGCAGAUGAUGCAAUCGAGCCGUCAUCAAAUAAUAAAGAAUAUCGACUGCAACGUUCAUGGCCAAUAAUGCCAAAUGCUAAACCCUGCCUGAUGUAG